GGUCUGAGGAAGGGGCGCCGGAGGCGGCCAUCUUGGGUUGGUUAACGGGUCGCUGCUGCGAGCCGCGGUCGCGGUCGAGGUGGAGCGUCCACCCCGUGCUGUCCGCAGCCGUGGUCACCGCGGGAGACUGCUAGUCGGGGCUCGGGAGGGACCGCGUGAAUGUGUUCCAUGGCUAGUCCAGGGAGGGAUAACUACAGAAUGAAAAGUUAUAAGAAUAAAGCCUUAAAUCCUCAAGAGAUGCGAAGGCGGAGAGAAGAAGAAGGAAUACAACUUCGAAAACAAAAAAGGGAAGAACAGUUGUUCAAACGCAGAAAUGUCUCUUUGCCCAAAAAUGAAGACUGUAUGCUAGAGAGUCCCAUCCAGGACCCAGAUGUCAGUUCCACUGUACCCAUUCCAGAGGAAGAUGUCAUCACUGCAGAUAUGAUUCGGAUGGUUUUCUCUAGCGAUGCUGAACAGCAGCUGGCAGCAACACAGAAAUUCAGGAAACUGCUCUCUAAAGAACCCAAUCCACCAAUAGAUCAAGUUAUACAGAAACCAGGAGUUGUACAGAGAUUUGUGAAAUUUCUUGAAAGAAAUGAAAAUUGUACUUUACAAUUUGAAGCUGCCUGGGCAUUAACUAACAUAGCAUCUGGAACUUUUAUGCAUACAAAGGUAGUGAUUGAAACUGGAGCUGUUCCAAUUUUCAUCAAACUUCUCACUUCGAAACAUGAAGAUGUGCAGGAGCAGGCUGUUUGGGCACUUGGUAACAUUGCUGGUGACAAUGCAGAAUGCAGGGAUUUUGUUUUGAAUUGUGAGAUACUUCCACCUCUUUUAGAGUUAUUAACAAAUUCAAACAGACUUACCACCACCAGAAAUGCUGUAUGGGCCCUCUCAAAUCUAUGUAGAGGCAAAAACCCUCCUCCAAAUUUUAGUAAGGUUUCACCUUGCUUAAACGUCUUAUCACGAUUGUUGUUUAGCAGUGAUCCAGAUGUGUUAGCAGAUGUGUGCUGGGCCCUUUCUUAUCUCUCUGAUGGGCCCAAUGAUAAAAUUCAAGUAGUCAUUGAUUCUGGAGUCUGUCGAAGAUUGGUGGAACUUUUGAUGCACAAUGACUAUAAAGUUGUGUCACCUGCAUUAAGAGCAGUUGGUAAUAUUGUGACUGGUGAUGAUAUUCAAACACAGGUCAUUUUGAACUGUUCUGCAUUGCCCUGCCUCUUACACUUGUUGGGUAGUCCGAAGGAGUCAAUUAGAAAGGAAGCGUGCUGGACCAUUUCUAACAUCACCGCAGGAAACAGAUCACAAAUCCAGGCUGUCAUAGAUGCAAGUAUUUUCCCUGUUUUGAUUGAGGUUCUCCAGAAAGCGGAAUUUCGUACCAGAAAAGAAGCAGCAUGGGCUUUAACUAAUGCCACAUCAGGAGGCACUCCAGAGCAAAUAAGGUAUUUGGUAACCUUGGGCUGCAUUAAACCACUUUGUGACCUUUUGACUGUCAUGGACUCCAAAAUAGUUCAAGUGGCUUUGAAUGGACUUGAAAAUAUUUUACGUCUUGGAGAACAAGAAUCUAAGCAGAAUGGAACGAGUGUCAACCCAUAUUGUUCUCUCAUUGAAGAAGCAUAUGGCUUGGAUAAAAUUGAGUUUCUGCAAAGUCAUGAAAAUCAGGAAAUUUAUCAAAAGGCUUUUGAUCUGAUUGAACACUAUUUUGGUGUAGAAGAUGAUGAUCCUAGCAUUGUACCUACAGUGGAUGAAAGCCAGCAACAGUUUGUAUUUCAGCAACAGGAGGCACCAAUGGAAGGAUUUCAGCUCUAACAGGUGGUGAAGAAAAUGACUGACUGAAGUGGCUAGCUUCUGAUUUCUUUUCCACAUUGCCAGUAUUGGGAGACAUAUUUUUAUGUAAUAUGGAAAAGAAAAAAUACAAUGCACUUUUAAAAAGCAAAAAUGAAACAAAAGUUUCCAUUCAGAUACCCCUUUUAAAAUAGAUUUCUGUUUGUGUUUUGGUUGUUCAUUUUGAUGUAGCUAUAUUUGUAUUCUGUUGUUCAAACUUUUAUAGCUAUUUGUGAAUAUACAUUCAUUAUGCAAUUAUUUCACUCAAGCUUGAAAAGGAGGGCUUGGUGUUAUAAUGGUUCUGACCUUUUCAAGUAUCCUUGAAAACUGCACAGUAGCAGUGUUGUGAAUAUUGAAAAUUGCAUUUUGGCAGGAAGUCUGGCAGUACCCAGGCUUUACUAAAUCUACCUCUGUCUUGAAGCAAACAUAAAAGCAAAAAAGCUUCAGAAGCAUGAAGUCAUAUAAGAGCUGAAUUAAAAUAUGAUAAUCUUUAUUACUUUAGAUUAUAAAUCACUGUGCUGUAGGUUAUACUUCAAAUAAUUGCAACAGAAAACAUACAGAAUUUAUUUAUAAAACAGAAGAAAUAGUGUACUGAUUGUUAAAAUGUGGCAGAUAUGAAGAGAGAAGCUGUUUGUGUUGAUCACAUUGUAUACCUAUGAAACACUUAAAUAUCUGUGUUGUUCACAUAAAAUACUACUAGUCUAGUAUAUUUUAUAUUUUAUCCAGAUAUGCUAUCCCUUUUGGAAUAGUGUUUAUUUUCACUCUUUAUUUUAAAGAGGAUCAUGACAGAGGUGAUGAUGAGUCUAAAGUAGCUACUUACUUAAAACUGUAAUUGUUUCCUCUGAGCUUUCAGAAUAUUUUGAAACAUUUUAUUCUUUGUAUAGUUGUGGACUUGAGUACUUGAAUGACAAAGUUAUGUACUGAAUUUUGUUAAAUGCAUUUAAUGUUUCGACUAAAUGAGUGAUACUAAUGAAAACUGCUAAGGAUUGUUUAAUGUGUAGAAGUCCACAUUAGGAAUAUUCCCUUUUAGUAAUGAACAGCAGGUGAUACUGCUACUUAUUAUGAACUAUGUGCUAGAUGACCUUUAUCAGAUUGGUCAGUCUGAAUUUGUGUUUUAUGAGUUAACAGCAAAAAGUCUCUUGGAAUAUAAAAGUCUAAAAGAUUUUGAUAGAAAAUUUAUAUUUAUUUACCUACGUGUGUACUAUGCCCAUAGAACUGUGCUUGGUAGAAUUUUCUAAGAGGAUGUGGGAUUGUCAAACUCAGUCUUUUGAUUUAUCGUUAUAUGCAGGUUAUGGAUAUAUCCAGCUAUAUACUUAAGAAUACUUAUGUAAAACCUGAUUUACAGCUCUUUUAAGAUGGAGACUAAAACAGUUUUGAUAUGAUUCAUAGUCUAGUCUGUAAAAUGUUUCUUUUAUGAUAGCAUUUGUAAUCUUUCUUCUGGAAAUCAGAAGCAUGUGGCAUAAGGAAUAUGUAUAUGGGAGUAUUUUUAAAUAGUAGGACACUUUGUAAGCUAUAUAUCAUGAAUCUAAGCUUUAGCAAGACACUUAAACCCUACAACCAUGAAAUCCAGGUUUAAAUAGUUUCCAUCCAUAGGGCUGACUGCAUCUGUCAGUCUUUUUAUACUAUUAAGUAGAAGAUUGUGUCUGUGUCCUUUUUAUUAUAAUGGAAGUUACAGAGUUAAAUAUAAAAAGUUUUCCUAUUACAUUAUAUACAUUCAAAGAAACAGGGUAGUGAUAUAAAUAUUACCAAGCUUAUGGGUGAAUUUAUCACAUAAACACUAUUUUAUGGUGCCGAUGUUUAUAAGUGUAUGGUGACAGGGUAUUCAGUUCUUUGUAAUCAGUUAAUUGAACUUGUUGAUGCAGCAUACUUCAAACCUAGCCAGCUGUGCCUGCUUUGACAACCCAGUAGUCACUAUAACAAAUCUCUAAGCCAAAUCUUCGAAAAAAUAGCUCUUACAGAAGAAACUUGUGUGUGUGUGUGUGUGUGUGUGUGUGUGUGUGUGCGCGCGCGCGUGCGCGCGUACAUGCAUACACAUACAUGGGAACACACAUAAUGUUUGGAGAUACAUAGAACAAAUGACCUAGCAAAGGAGAUUUUAGAAUAUGCCAGUGGGACAAAUGUAUUUCUAAGCACAGAACUUGAUCGUACUUUAAACAUUUAAAUACACAUUUAAUUUAUUGGAACUGCAUCUUGCAUAAUUGAUUAGAUUUGAAUGUAUGGCACUUGGUACCACUUUAAGUCUAAUUCUUUUUUGUUGAACCAGGACUAAGAGAUAGCUUUGUAAGUGCACCAUGUAAAGUGCCCCCGAUUUGUUUCCAUCAUCAUAAUAUCAUCCCCUGUGACACAACUUAAUAAGAUGCGUGACACUUCUAUAUAAGUUCUGUGCCAAAUAAAAUAAAAUGUGUUUUAGGGAAUUCUUAUGAUAUUAAUGCAGAUCCCAAGAAAAAUGCCUGAAAGAGUCCAUUUAAUUAAAUUGGUCCAUUUAGUUAACUUUACUUGAACUUGAAUUUCUACUGGUUGAACUAUGCAAUUAUGCUUACUUGUUUUAUAACUACUUGAUGCACUGCCCUAGGUUCUUACUGUUCAUUUAGUUGUUUUUACUGUAAGUUUUAAUUUGAAAGAUUAUUCUAACCUAAUUUUUAGUGUUCUUAACUGUUAGUGUCAUGUGUCACUUAUUGGUAGCACCAAAACCAGGGGAUUUUUUGUUUUGCUUUGUUUUGCUUUUUGUUUUUAAAGUAUAUCUGCUGGCACAGAAAUAGCUUCUCAUUUGGUUCCUGAAAACUGUUUGCAGUUAAAGAUUGACUCAGUGGGUGCAGAACUAAAGAAGAAUUUAUUACCUCCGCUUUUAUAGUUUUUCUUCUUUAUUAAGGAGUAUUAUGGGAAAAGUAAGCUUUAAAAAGUCUGUGGAUUUUUGUUACUGUUCUAAAUUCAGCAUAAUUUGAUACUGUGAAAUAAAAUGAACUUCUAUUCCUUUCAGUACAUAGCCCUGAUGUUUUCUGUAAUGUGACAUGCUGUUAAGUAGCCAGGAUAGUAGGGCUCUAAAAGGUUGUUGUCCCCUGAUUGGAAAGUGAGAUGAGAUGAGGAGAUUUUCACCUAACUAAAUAAACAAACAUUUGAGCAUUAUGCAAUAUUAUGAAAUGUUACAUGCUACUAAACACAAUAAAAUACUGUUUUGCAGUUGCA